UAUACCCUAACUUUUUGAAUUCUCAUAUCUCAGGAAGCGGUUACCACCUAUAAGGUCACAUAUUUUUCUACCAUUGGCUAUACUCCCUUGGUUUGUUGGAGCUGCGCGUAAGUGGACUGAUCUUAUUGACCGCUCAAGGACAGUAGGACACAAUGACUUUAAAAAUCCUUCCAUAGAAGAAAGAGAUACGCAGUCAACAGCACAAAUUAAGCCAUAUUCCAUGUAUCGUUUGUUUAUUUGUCUUCUGAAUUUGUUGAAUGGUUGAGAUACAUCUACCCGAAAAGUUCUUAAUAUGCAAAUAAAACCUCUUUUUUUGGUGGAACUAGCCACACGACAUAAGGUCAGGGAUGAGAUAGAGCAGUUGAUGGAUGAUGAUGGGGAUAUGGCAGAAAUGUAUCUUACAGAGAAGAAGUCACGCAUGGAAAUGUCAAUGUAUGGUGGGUAAACAAUCAAUCUUAGGAUUCAGAUUAAAUGAUGGUGCAAUGUCCAUCUUUGCUGCUCCUGUUUCUCCUGUCUCCCCUGCCCUAGAUUCACGAAGACUAGAGAAAAGUUUCAGCUUAUCAAGAAGCCGUCUUGGAAGCAUGAGAAGUUCAGAAAGUGCUAAAGAGAGUAUAGAAGAACUGAAAAUAUUGUUGGAAGCGUAUUUUGUGGUCAUUGACAACACCUAUAACAAGCUUACAUCGCUGAAGGAAUACAUUAAGGACACUGAAGAUUUCAUUACACUACAAAAAAACGCGGCACAUUGUGACGCUUUUUGGGACGAAUUGCGACGCUCUAAAGUGUCGCUAUUUCACAUAGCGACGCUUUGGGAGAGGGUUGCUAUUUUCAUUGCCGCUAUUUACCGACGCUUUAGAGCCUCACAAUUUGCAAAACAGCGAUGUAUUUCUCCGAUCCGUCGCUAUUUGGGAUAUAGUGACUCUACAGGGAGUCGCAAUAUUGGACUAUAUAAAGCGUCACUAUUUGCACGCGUAUAGACACAUUUUUCCGCCACUAUAAACCAUAUAGAGACGCUUUAGACACCCGAAAUAUAUAGACUCUUAUUAGAGUCACUAUAUGUUUACUUUCGUGCGAGGUCUCCCCAUUCCCUCCAAAAUAAUUUAGACCCUUUGAAGCGUCACAAUUUGCAUCAUAUUAUUUUUCAUAUAUACGUAAUAAUUUAGAGACUUUGGAGCGUCACAA